AUGGCCAUAGAAGCCGUCGUCGAGACGCGAGACGGCGUAGAAAGAAUUCUGCGAGCAGUCCGUAGCGAAAAGGAUCGCAGAAGGGCUAUUGAUAGCAACACCGAGGAAAUACCGAGACAUGGGCCUUCGACCGCGUCGAAGGGGAAAGGAAUCGACCCAACGAACUGGGGAAACGUUGAUAUCCCCGAAGAUGAGCUAGACAUUCACACACAGCAAGUCAUGCUGGAAGAUGUCCUCGAGAAUGGGCAAGAAGUCACACAUCAGAUAAGUGAAGAAACUCAUGAGGAACCAGCUGAACAUCAGUAUGUAGAUUUACGUGCUGAGUAUCAGAAGGCCAAGGAGCACACAAAAGCGUUACGUGAGAAAAUAAAGGCUAGCUUCCAAACCGCAUCCGCGCAGAACAAUAGAGAAACCCCAGAACAGCCAGUACAAGCCAAUGAGACGACUCCUGCUCCAACACGCGGGAUAUCAACCACUCCCAUGUCAAGAGGACUCGAACGCGCCAUCACUAAGGUCGGCCAACAAGCGCGCACCCACGCGGCUAGAGCCGAAGCGCUAAAACCAGCUAAUCAACUCCCACAAGAUAGCGUACUCGGGCAGUUCUUUGCUCGACAGGGAGGUGGAGGUGGGGGGAAUGACCCAUUUGAUAGUGAUUCCUCGGAUGAUGAGGAUUUACCAAGAGGACCUCAUUUCCCGCCUACCAACCGCCAGCCGCCAAAGAUUUCGGGGCCUGUUGUUCCCGAUAUCGCGGGAAAGGCUGUAUCGACACGUACCGUUUAUCGUCAGCCUAACCCAACUGAACCGAGCAAGUACUAUGUAUUGUAA